GUUUCAAAACGCAACGCAUAUGAUUCGAGUAAGAGAGACAAAUUUAUGCAACGACUGUAGAGCGUCAUCUCUUUCUCACACCGCGGACCAGAGACAAAAUUUACUUCGUUGGCACUUCAUGGUACAAAUUUUAGCGAUUCAGUUUAGGUACCUAAACUGAACUGCAUCGGAAUCGCAUCGCUAGUUAAAAGUUGAUGGUAGGCCUUCUGUAUGAAUAUUCAAUCCUUCUUCCCCUCAAAAAAUUAUAAACACAGUUGGCAUUAAGUGAUAUCAUGUAUGGUUGGGUCACAUUUACUUUUUUGUUGUUUGCUCGCGUCUGUCUCAUUUGAAAAAAGAAACGAGAAAGGUUUCCUACUGCAACUACUGAGAAUUAUGGUAACGUCUAUUUUCUGGCUUUAAAACGCCAUUUUUAAAGAGCACGGUUCUUGAUGACCCAACCUGACAAAUGACGAAUUCAAUUAACGUAUAUUGCGUGUUUGAAGUCUUUUUUUUUGUCAAACGCUUUCAACAAAAUACAAAUUCAGCUCUGCAAUAACAGUGUUUAAUUAAGGUUUUAUUAUAUUUUACAGUUAAGCCAGGAAAAGGAGUUAACGAAAGCAUUGAAAUAGAGGAAAACGUUAAAUCUAGCAGUAUAGAAGUUAGUUCCAAUUGUAAAGAAAAAAGUGAUAAUUUAUCGCCGAUGCAAAAUUUGGACGUUCAAAAUACAAAUAAAGUAAUUAAUUCAGGUGAAAAGUUGCACUCGUGCAACAUAUGUGAUAAAAAUUUCAAUACGUUAAAUCAUCUGAAGAUGCAUAAUAUAAUACAUACUGGUGAAAAGCCAUAUUCGUGUAGUACUUGUGGUAAGAGUUUCAUAAAUGCUUAUCAAUUGAAAAUACAUAAUAGAAUACAUACUGGUGAAAAGCCAUAUUCGUGUAAGGUUUGUGAUAAGAGUUUCUUUAAAUCUGAUAAUUUAAAGAUUCAUAAUAGGAUACAUACAGGUGAAAAGCCGUAUUCGUGUAAUACAUGUGGUAAGUGCUUUAAUAAUUCUACUGGUUUGAAGAUGCACAAUAGAAUUCAUUCUGGUGAAAAGCCGUAUUCGUGUAAUGUUUGUGGAAAAAGUUUUAUUGAUUCAAGUGCUUUGAACAAACAUAGUAGAAUUCAUUCUAGUGAAAAGCCGUAUUCGUGUGAAGUUUGUGGUAAAGGUUUCAUAAGUUCUUAUAAAUUGAAAAUGCAUAAUAGUAUACAUACUGGUGAAAAGCCCCAUUCGUGUAAUACUUGUGGUAAGAGUUUCAUAAUUGCUUAUGAAUUGAAAGUACAUAAUAGAAUACAUACUGGUGAGAAGCCCUAUGCGUGUAGUGUUUGUGGUAAGAGUUUCACUCAACCUAGUGGUUUGAACAUGCAUAAUAGAAUUCAUACUGGUGAAAAGCCGUAUUCGUGUAACGUUUGUGAUAAGAGUUUCCGUAAAUCUAGUACUUUGAAAACACAUAGUAGGAUACAUACUGGUGAAAAGCCAUAUUCGUGUAACUAUUGUGGGAAGACUUUUAAUGAUUCUAGUUCUUUGAUCAAACAUCAUAGAAUUCAUUCUGGUGAAAAACCCUAUUCGUGUAACAUUUGUGGCAAGAGUUUCGGUGAAUAUAGACAUUUGAAGAUGCAUAAUAGUGUUCAUUCUGGUGAAAAGCCGUAUUCGUGUACUGAAUGUGGUAAAAGUUUUAAUCAUCCUAGUAAUUUGAACAAACAUUAUAGAAUUCAUUCUAGGGCAAAGCCGUAACUCGUGCAAAGUUUGUGGCAAGAGUUUUAACGAUUUUAAUUCUCGCAGACGCAAUUAUAAUGCAUACUUAAAAGCCCUAUUCGUGUAACAUUUGUGAUAGAAUUUCUAUGAUUCUAGUAAUUUAAAAAAAAGUAGAUUGACGUUUGGAGUGACAGCGUGUAGAUCCGCAUAAUUACUUGGUUUAGAAAUAGUUUAAGCAGGCCCGUGUAGGUAUUGAGAUCAUAAGUACGCGCGGCGGUCACGCCAGCGGAUGGCUAUCCAGUAAGGACUGCUCACGAGCGAGCACAGACUAACGCGCGAGCUUUGUUCGCCACUUCUUCACCGAGCCGAUCGAUAUUUUAAAAAUGAAGAAACUAAAAAAAACAAUGCAUAUUAAAGGUCAUUGUGGGCCAGUCUCACCCUCCGUGUAGGUAUUUAAAUCGUAAGUACGUGCGGCGGCCUCUACAGAGUAGGCUAGCCAGUAGGGACUCACGAGCGAGCAUUGACUGAUAUUUAAACAAUGGAAAAAUAUAAAUUAAACAAAGCAUACUAAAGGUCAUUGCGAUCAAAAUUUUUUUUAAGUCUCCUAAAGAUCCUGAAAUAAAUUUAUUUCGAGUGAUUAUUAUUAUAAUGAAAUUACCAUUCAUGAUGACAGUGUCCCAGGGAUUGGAGACCUCAAUACCUACCAAAAGAAACCCCCAUUUAUGUUCGUUCAGCAAUAUUUAGUGGUUCUUGAAAUCUUUGCAAAUUUAUGUAUUUUUUUUUAUUACAAGGGUAUUCAACUAAAUUUUGUUAUGUAAUUAUGUGUCAGACGAUGGUUUGAUUUAUUGCAUUUCGUAAAAAGGGUGGCAUAGUCUGCCCUUUUGUGGGCUCUCUUUGUUUUCUUUUGUGUUUUCUUCAAACCCACUAACUUGGCUCUUUUAACGGACUUCUAUAUUCGCUAAGUGAUAUGGAUUGUGAUUACCUCGGAAGGAAGACUUCGCGCGAUUACUGGACUCUGAUAUUUGAUAAGUUUUUUUUUAUGAAAAUAAGGGAUGAGACGAGAAGGACUACAUUACAAUGUAGUACCGAUCAGGAUUCUUGAAAAACCCAAAAAUUCUGAGCGCCACUACAAUUGCGCUCGUCACCUUGAGACGUAAGGUGUUGAGUCGCAUUUACCCAGUAAUUUCACUAACUACGACGCCAUUCAGACCGAAAUACAGUAAUGUUUACAGAUUACUGCUUCAGAAAUAGGCGCCGUUGUUGUACCCAUAACCUAACCGGCUUCCUGUGCUAGGAGCCUCCUACUAGUAUGUAAUAAAUCUCUUUUUAAAAGAUUAAAACGCGUAAAUGUAUUUUGACAUUGACUUUUGGGUAAAAGUUACUAUUUUAUUAUUAUUCUAGCUAACCCGACGUUUCGUGACUUUUUCUGAGCAAGUUUUUGUGUAAUGGUAACUUUUCGGCAAAAGCUACACGCGUUUUACUCCCAUAAUAAUUGAAAAGCCAAGCAAUAUAUAUUUGUAAUAAAUUCCUCUGUAUGUAAUCUGUACUUCUAUGCAACGCUCUGUCUGUACUAACACUAAGAUUGUGAAGUUUUUUUUGUUUUGUUUACACAUUACUGCUUACAUAUUUAUUCAGCAUUUGGGUAUUUACAUACAAUUGUAGAUGUCAAUAACUUAUUAUGUCAUUGUGACAGUAUUCUACUAAUGGAAUAUUUAUAAGUAUUCAAUUCCAGGAGUGACCCAUUCAUUAAAAUUAUAAUAACUUUUCGCAUUAAAAGAUUUAGUUUUAAAUAUGUUUUAAAUUCAGUCUUUAUAACGUUAAAUACGGAUUGAUAAUCCUAAUGAUAGCAUUAGGAUUUUGAUUAUGUAGCAAGGAAGGGUUCAGUUUGGUAAUCAUAUUUUGUAUGAAGCUAUGUAUUCGACCAUUUGUGAUAGGAUAUUUAUAUCUGUUGUAUUUUUCCCUUGUGUAGUUGGAAAUUGUAAUAAAUGAAUACAAUCAAUA